GAUAUUUGCUUGUACUAGAUGAUGUUUGGAGUGAAGAUCAGGAGAAGUGGGAGAGGGUGAAAUCUUCACUCACAUGUGGAAAUGAAGGAUGUGUAAUUCUUGUAACCACUCGUAUUGAAAAAGUAGCAUCAAUCAUGGGCACAUUUCCUGCCAACCACUUGAAAAGACUCUCAGAGGAUGACUGUUGGGCUUUGUUCAAGCAACGUGCGUUUGGUAGCAGUGGCAGAGAGGAGCAGAAUGCUGCAAACUUGGUGAUAAUUGGUAAAGAGAUUGUAAAGAAGUGUGGAGGUUUACCUCUGGCUGCAAAGGCUCUAGGAGGCUUAUUGCGCUUCAAACACUCGGAGACUGAAUGGCUUUUUGUGAGAGACAAUGAAAUUUGGGAUCUGCCUGAAGAUGAAGGAAAUACCAUUUUACGUGCCUUGAGACUCAGCUACAAUCAUCUGCCCUCAUAUUUGAAACAAUGUUUUUCUUAUUGCUCCAUAUUUCCAAAGGAUUAUGUGAUUGAGAAGGAAAAUUUAAUCUAUCUCUGGAUGGCUAAUGGUUUUAUUCCAUCUAAAGGUGAAAUGGACUUGGAAGACAUUGGGAAUGAAAUUUUUAAUGAGUUACUAUGGAGGUCUUUCUUCCAAGAUGCAGUAAAAGAUGCUGGUGGCAAUGUAUUGAGAUGUCAGAUGCAUGAUUUAGUCCAUGAUCUUGCAUGUUUUGUUAUGGAUAAUGAAUGUUUAAACUGGGAGCAGAUUAGCAAGAAAAAAAAUUUUCAAAAAGGGAUUCGGCACUUGUCAUUGAUCUAUUACGAGCCUUCGUCUGACUUCCCAUCCAUUAAUAUUGAGUCUUUACAUAAAUCUCAAACCAUACGUACCCUACUGCUGCUAGGUUCCCAUCUGACAAAAAUAGAUGAGUUGUUAAACUUUUCAAAUCUUAGAUGCUUACGAGCGAUAGAUUUGAAUAAUUCAGGAUUUUCUAUUACCAGCCAGAUGCUUUCUACAGUAGCCUGCUAUUUGAUACACCUGAGGUACUUGAACCUCUCCUACACGAGUAUUAGGACAUUACCAGAGUCCUUGAGGAACCUAAAACAUUUGCAAACAUUGAGACUACAAUAUUGUUCUAAACUUCAAAAGCUGCCUGCACACUUGAGUACCAUGAGUUGCCUCAGGCACUUGGAUAUUGAGGGAUGUGAGUCGCUAAGUCAUAUGCCAACCGGGAUAGGGCGGUUGAUUCACCUCCAGACAUUAAGCAUCUUCAUCGUGGGGAAGAAGAGUGGAUGCCAUAUCAGUGAGUUACAAGGACUGAACCUUGGAGGAAAUUUAUACAUAAAAUGUCUCGAGAACGUGAAGAAUUCAAUGGAUGCCAAAGAAGCCAAUUUGGUAAGAAAGAGAAACCUUGACUCUUUAACCCUGUCUUGGUCUCGGUCUGGGUCUCGGUCUCGGUCUCGGUCUCGGUCUCAGUCUCCAAACAUUGAUCAAGAAAAUGCUGAUGAUCAAGAGGUGCUAGAGGGCCUCCAGCCCCCGGCAAGCAUAAAAGGAUUGACAAUAGAAAGAUACCAGGGCAUGAAGUUUCCAAGUAAUUGGAUGGAGGAUUUGUCGCUCCAAAAUUUGGUCAAUGUCACACUUCGCAACUGUAAAAGAUGGGAACAACUCCCGCCUCUUGGGCAUCUGCCACUUCUUAAGUUUCUUUAUUUAGGUGGGAUGAAUUCUGUACGAUACUUAGGUGUUGAGUUUGACAGUGGUGAUGGCUUGGGUCAAGGAUUAUUCCCUUUGUUGAAAGACCUAGUCUUGAGUUAUAUGCCAAGUCUGGAAGUAUUGUUGUUGAAUGUUCGAGAAGGAAGAAAAGUGCUCCCUUCCCUUGUAACAAUGACAAUUACAAAGUGUGACAGGUUGACAACUCUCCCAUUGCUCCUGUCUCUUCAACAUUUAUCUCUAGAAGCAGUGGAAUAUGAAAACGUUCUAGAAGGGCUGCUACAAAACCGGAACCUCCCCGUUCUUCAGAAAUUGAGUUUUAGAAACUGCUCCAAGCUCAUCAAAUUUCCAAGAUUGUCUAUUAGCUCUCUUAAAUAUUUUGAGGUCAUCGAUUGCAAUGCUCUGAAAUAUUUGUGGGAGGAUGAGACCCAAUUCCAGGGAUUGAGCUCUAUAAAGACAUUGAAUAUUCAAGAGUGCAAAGGACUAGCAUCCUUGUCAGGGAUGAGAUAUUUAACAUCUCUCAAGCAUUUGGAGAUUAGAAGAUGCCCAAAUCUAGAACUCUCCCAAUUGGAGGAUUUUCGGCACCUCACUUCCCUUCAAAACCUAGCCAUUACCUCCCUGCCUGAGUUGACGUCUUUGCCAGAGAACUUAAAAUAUGCUACAAUACUGCAAAGUUUAUGUAUCGCAGGAUGUGGGUGGCCUGACGGCCUAACUGCGUUGCCAGAGUGGAUCCACAAUCUCACGUCUCUUCGAUUUAUAAAUAUUUAUGGGGGUUGUCAAAAUCUUAUUUUUUUGCUAGAUGGUCUUCAACAAUUGACAGCCCUACAAAAUCUUGAAAUAAGAGGUUGCAAUGCUGUCUUGGAAACAAGAUGUAGAGAAGGAGGAGAAGACUGGCACAAAAUAUCCCACAUUCCUAACGUUCACAUCAGAUCAUUGCCAACACCAACGCGCAUGAGACAAAACAAUGGAUGUUGGGGUCGUCUCUUGGAGUUGAGGAGGAGGUGAUAUUGAUGCAUUUUUAACAAUAAACAGGAUAUCGAAAUAAAGGAAACUCUACAGCCUACAUUAGGAAGAACAAACAUCUCACUAGUUGGCCUUUAUAGCUCCUACCUUCUGGAUGUUAUUUUUCGAUUUAAUGUUUGUGUUACUCUAAGUAUGUAAGUUGGUUUUCCAUUUUAAUGUUUGUGUUGUUACUCUAAGUAUGUAAGCCGAUAAACAAUAAUAUUUAGGCUCAUGUCGUCAUUGCCCUACAAGCUAUGCAAAUUGGUAGAGGUUAUUUUCAUAAUGGCUUUCAUAUUGUAUCCCAACUUCUCAAUAAUAAAUUUUGUCAAAAGCUA